AUGCCUGAGGGGGAAACUAUCGAGGAGUCGAGAGAAAUCCCUCCAAUCUGGACCUCCCUAUUUGCUAGUAAUCGAAGUUCUAAAAAUGGGAUGAAGUUAACUUACAUACCACCGGAAAUAGUUGAAGGAAAACCUGUGGCUCAACUUGAACAGGAGGAAAUGGAUAGUGAAAUUCGAAAAUGGUCGAGUGCUCUGAUUGUAUAUGUAAUUGGGGAAACGCCUGGGUACAAUUACAUGCUAAGAUAUGUUACACAAAACUGGAAUAAGGUGGCUGAACCUGAAGUGUUUCUACAUGAAGAAGGCUAUUAUGUAGUUAAAUUUCAAACACUAGCAGAUAUGUAUGAAAUCCUUUACUCUGGCCCUUACACGAUUAAUAACAAACCCAUGGUGCUCAAGCCUUGGACUGUUGAUUUUGAUCUAAGCAAAGAAUUCCCUACUGAGAUUCCCCUAUGGAUCACAAUGCCUAACUUACCAAUGAGUUGUUGGAGCUAUCAAUCACUGAGUCGAAUUACUAGUACCAUUGGCAAGCCGUUAUUUGCUGAUGAAUGCACCUCUAGGCAAAAGAGAAUCUCCUAUGCACGAGUUCUUGUUGAAGUCAAUUUCACCAGACUGUUGCCUGAUGUGCUGGAGUGA